AUGACAGCAGUGAAUGUGGAGGAGCUCCUGGCCCCUUUGCCAGGGUUCCUUUGCCCCUUCCAAGAUCUGUGCGCAUCUCCGCAGGAGGAACAUGGUGCUCAGAUAGAAAGACAGGCCCCGGAAGGGGAUUACACGUGCUGUGACUUGGUUGUUAAAAUAAAGGAAUGCAAGGAGAGUGAGCACCCUACCAACCCCGAGUCCGAGCCAGCACCGCCCGAACCAGCGCCCCCCAAGGACCCAGCGACCCACGUCCUGCCAGAAGACUGUUCCGAGAGCCAGCAAGGGCCCGAAAGCUCCCUGACCUUGCAGGAGGCCCUGGAAGUCCGCAAGCCUCAGUUCAUUUCUCGCUCGCAAGAACGUCUGAAGAAGCUUGAGCAUAUGGUCCAGCAGAGAAAAGCCCAGCGGAAGGAGAGCCUGGCUCCGAAGCAGAGUCUCCUUCCUGUCCGCGCCAACAAGAAGCAGUUCACCGUCCCCCAUCCUCUCAGCGAUAACUUGUUCAAGCCCAAAGAAAGGUACAUUUCAGAGAAGGAGAUGCACAUGCGAUCUAAAAGAAUCUAUAAUAACUUGCCGGAAGUGAGGAAGAAAAAAGAGGAGCAAAAGAAAAGGGUGAUCUUACAGAGUAACAGACUCCGGGCCGAGGUCUUCAAAAAGCAAUUACUGGACCAGCUCCUUCAGAGGAACGCGGUCUAACCACAGGCUGCCCCACCGACCCUCUACCUGGACCUGGGAUGACUUCAAACGCUGGAUAAACCAUUAAACUUAACCGUAUCUUCAUGACGUGAAACACAUAUUUUACUUUUGAUGUUUUUUUUUUCCCCCAUAAAGCAAAGCAUAGCUUCCUGAAUUGCUGACCUAAACCAAGCAGAAACGAUAACCGUUGAGGAAAUGGAUCUUCAGGCUGCAGUGGGGUAAUCAACCCAACAGAACCCACUUGAUACAGUCCUUUCAUUUUUUCACUUCUGAAUUUUACCUUUUGCUUCUGAUGUUUACCCCUACAAUUUCCACCCAGACACAAAAGCCUUCUAUGCUCUCACAGGCUUAGAUCCCUGGGGACUGGCUUUUUUUUUUUUUUCUUUUUCAUCGAAUUUCUAGGACCUAAAUACAUCACUUUAAAAAUACCAUGCCCAACUUCUGCCAGUUCUGCAAACUCCAGAUUUUGGACCGUUGCACAGUGUGUUUGAAACCCCUCUGGAUGUCUUACCAUUAAUACUGGAGGUGACUUUGGAGAUAGCCGGCUGCUCUGACAGAGACUGGGGACCUGUUUCUCGGUGACCUUGGGUGGUCAGAGUUGCCCCCACCACCCCCUCCCCACUCCUUGCACCUGUCUUCAUUCAGCAGAAGAGUCUAUAUCCACGGAAGCCAUGAGGGCAGAAUUGGCUGGAAAAGAGUUGCAGGUCACAUCAGUGUUUUUGGCAAGCCACCCCUCCCCAAAAGAGUUACACGGCUGAAAAUGGCCUGAAGGCUCCAACUCUGCCAUUUGAUCCUCCACCUUACAAUGUCCAUUAUUUAUAAAUGUGUUUGGGGAGUGAAGGACAAUAGUUUUACCAAAAAUGGAAAUAAAUGCAACUAUUACAAAAA